CAUUAUGGAUUCCAAUUAGGCAUCAUGCGAGGAAUCCCUAAUUGAAUCAAUACCUUGUUUGAAAUAAUGUCAUGUAUUCCCUCAUUAUUCAGUAUUCACUAGAGAGCUUUACUUAAAUUUAAAAAAAAAAAAACUCGGAGGAGAUUUUGAUAUUCGAGAUUGUAACUCCAUUGCCACAGAGAGAAAGGAAGAGAUGGAAGGAGAACCUCAACAGAUUGAGAAGAGAGUUCUAGUUACGUUUGAUAUUGAUGGAACUUUAAUCCAAAGCUCUGGCUCCGAUUCAAACAAGUUGCACCGCAGAGCUUUUUCUUACGCUUUCCUCGAGGUUUUCGGCAUCGAAGGGACCAUAGACGCGAUUCAGCAUCAUGGGCAAACUGAUCCUUCAGUGAUUGUGAAUACUCUCGUUCACUAUGGCAUACCAUAUGAAGUGGCUACUGAAAAGUUACCUGUUUUGAAGUCAAAGAUGAUAGAAUAUGCCAGGGAACAUAGCAAAGAAGUUGGAGGACUGCAGGUGCUUCCUGGUGUUGAGUCUCUCCUUCAAGCCUUGUCAUCAAAACAAAAUGUGGCAAUUGGUUUGGUCACAGGUAAUUUGGAGGAGAUUGCUUGGUUGAAGAUGGAGGGACUGGGCAUAAAGAAGUAUUUCACCGUCCCCAAUUUCGGGGGAUUUGGAAGUGAUCACAUUGAUCGAGGGCAUCUUGUGAAGAUUGCAGCAGAUAGGGCAGCAACACUAUUUUCUGGAUCAUUUGACCUGAGAGUGCAUGUUGGUGAUACACCAAAUGAUAUCAAAGCUGCUGAGUUUGGAGGAGCUCUGGCAGUGGGAGUUUGUACUGGUAUAUUUAAUGAAGAGCAGCUCAAAGAGGCAAGCAGUGGAGGUGCAGUCAUAUUAGCAAAUCUUUGUGAUAUUGGGGUAUUCAUGAGCUUGCUAGGCAUUGAAAGUUAAAAUUUUAUCUAAUGUUAGUCCUUUUGUUUUUUGAUGAAUAAUAGUCCUUUUGUUUUUCAAGACUGACAUAUAAUAAGAAUUCCAUUGAAUAGUCUACUUUGAUGAGAUGAAA